UCCUAAGGCCCAGUCCAGCGGGCUAGCUGGUGCGCUCUCCCUGAAUCACUGACUGUACCGUCAGAGGCCUUUGCUGUAGAAAGCUGGAUGCUAAUGUUGGAUGGAUGUGGGUGCCAAGAAGAUUUGGGGAGCCCUUUAAUAGAGAGGAGCCAAUUGUUUACACAGGGGUUAAAAGGCCGAUUACGGUGUUCCCCAGAACCUGCAGAGAAGGGCGGUUUAACCCUUGAGAGAGACCCUCCCUGUUAGUCUGUUGACCUGGGGCGAACUCUUACGAUAGGAACUAAGGGGAGUUCUCUCAGGCUGCUGACACUUAAUUCUGAGCAAAUAAAACCUCCCCCGGCGGUCAGACCCUAAACGAGAGCAGGGCGCAAUGCACCGAGGGGGCGGCUGGCUCCCGCAACACAAGACUGGAGCGAUAGGAGGGCAGGACACCUGCAGAGACCGUUAUUGGCCCAAUUCCCUUUUCCAACGCACAUCCCAGGAGAAAUGCUGGAGCUCUAACAAUGGGCCACUUUUCUGUGUCUCAAGCCCCAGCUGCCUAGCUGAAGACAGCAGCAAAUUCUUGGUCCUCAACAAGCUGUUGGAGAGAGAGACCCAGUCCCCAUUCUACCAAGAAGGCGUGAGCUACUCCUUGUUGAAGGUAGCUGAACUCGGGCUGGUGCCUGCAGCUGAAAUCCUCCUGCAGAACGGGGCCAAUCUUAUCUUUGAAGAUCCCGUCACCUAUUACACUGCUCUGCACAUCGCUGUUCUCCGAAACCAGCCGGACAUGGUGGAGCUGCUAGUGCGCCGCGGGGCGGACAUUAACCGGAGAGAUCGGAUUCACGAGAGCAGCCCCCUGGACCUCGCCAGUGAGGAGCCCGAACGGCUGCCAUGUUUGCGGCAUCUCCUGGAACUUGGUGCCGAUGUCAACGCAGCUGACAAAAAUGGAAAGACAGCUUUGCUGCAUGCCCUGGGCAGCAGCGAUGGAGUUCAGAUCCACAACACCGAAAACAUCCGGCUCCUGUUGGAAGGAGGAGCAGACGUGAAGGCCACCACGAAAGAUGGCGACACCGUCUUCACCUGCAUCAUCUUCCUGCUUGGUGAGACGGUGGGCGGGGACAAAGAGGAGGCGCGAAUGAUCAACCGUUUCUGCUUCCGGGUCACCCAGCUGCUGAUGGCCCACGGCGCUGACCCCAGCGAGUGCCCAGCCCACGAGUCCCUCACGCACAUCUGCCUCAAGAGCUUCAAGCUCCACUUCCCGCUCCUGCGCUUCCUGCUGGAGUCUGGGGCCUCCUACAACUGCUCCCUCCACGGCCCCUCGUGCUGGUCAGGCUUUCACAUAGUCUUUGAGAGGCUGUGCUCUCACCUCAGCAGCUCAGAAGACGACAGCUUCUCCGCUGACCUCCUGCAGAAAGCAGAAACUGUCCUAGAGCUCAUGGUGGCCAGCUCGCAGAUCCCCAAACUGCCCAGCAACUUUGACAUCAACUCCACCAGCUGCAGGUUCCAGGGGGAGAAGAUCAAGGCCCUUUUCUACUCCCUGAAGCAGCUGCAGCACUCACCGCAGGCCCUGAAACAUCUCUGCAGGGUAUACAUCCGGCAGCGCCUCAAACCGUGGCCAGUGGAUGUGAAGAUCAAGGCACUUCCUCUUCCCGAUAGGCUAAAGUGGUAUCUCCUCAUAGACCACGGCAACGCCGGCGAGGAGGACAUCUGAGCCAGGCAGGGGGCAGACCUGGAAUCCUCACUCCAGUCCCUCCCCAAACACUCUGGUGACUUGGUUUCCCCACCCAGAAGAGCAAGAGGUUCCUUAUGGUCCAGACCAGCUUCCUCCACUGCCAGCCAGUGCUUUGUUUGAUCACGCUGUCCACAAAUACCGCUGCAGGGCCUGUGCAUUUAGGCGCCGCAUGGGCCUGGCUUCUCUGGGAAGGGACACCCCCAACAGCAUGUUACCUGAAUCCCAAUGAAGUGUGAUUCGGGGUGGGGGAGGGUAGAGGGAUAAGUGGGUUGGGCUGGUGAUCUGGACUUUGUGCCUUUACGAGCGAUGAGUGUUGGUAGAAAGGCUGCUUUGCAUGGACGUACAGGAAACGCCUGCCUGGAGUUGGGACCAUAAGCCCGGUCUGAGGAGCAGAAACCAGAGUAGAGACUCAGGCGGUGCUCCCCCUAGGUUGUCCGACUGCAUGUGCCAUGUUGUUUGAAUAAGGCCGAGGAACAACCAUUCCCCCUCUCCCUCAUUCGCCCGCCAGUCUCCGGCCGUGCACUGAGUGCGGGAAUGGCUGAAGCGGUGUCUUAGACGAAUGGCUGCUUCUAACACUGCUGCCUCUGGGGAGCGCGGCCUGGGCAGGAAGAAGCCUCGGGCUGCUAAGGGAAAACGUUCAGCGAGCGCCUCCUCCUCCCGUCUCCUCGGGAAGCUAUGCGGGAGGUUUCCCCUCAGGCCAGGCCCAAGCGCAGGCGGUGCUGGCCGAGGGAUUGAUGGCCUUUCGCCAGCCCCCUCUGCGCAGAGUCUUGAGCAGGCUUGGCUCUCCCCACACUUGGAAAGCAGGAGAUGUGGCUCUUUGCAGCAUGGGCCACAUGCCAGAGGAGCAACUAAGUUCACCCAGGAUUUCCAAGAGCCACAUCAACGUCGACAGUCACACUCCUCUCGCAACAGCUUGUUCACCUGUUGUACCACCUGCCAGGACUAAAUGAAGAGCAGAGAGAGGUUAGCGUUCUCUUCUCUCUUUCCCCCUGGCAUCUGCCAAGCACUUGGGGUAAAGGCUGGAGCCCCUGUGAGCCGGGUGGGCCUUGGGCUCAGAGAAACAUUUACAAAUGAGAGGGAAGCGGCAGGGCUGGGCGCAGCACCUGAAUCUCUAGCUCAGAGCUUUGCAAUCUGCUGAUAUUGCAAGUGGAGGGCGGCACCUUUGUGGCAAGAGGAAACGAUUGGCUUGUGAAAUGAAGUGCUCAGGGGCUAUUGGAGGAGAUGAUAGGAACAGUGCUAACAUGGGGCCUGGUUGUGGAUUCCCAGGCCAGGCCGUCCUUUCAGCUUAGACUAGUAGCAAGUUAUUCCCGGCUCCUAUAGUUGUGGGGUUUCUAGUGCAGCUCUCCACGCUGCUGCCUGCGCCACUCAGUGCCUUGGGUGUGGUGGACAAAUCUACUAGAGCAGAGGAGCCACUAACCUGGUUUCCAGGCUAGGCUCCACUGACCCUCCCCCUGAGGCCGUGUCUUGGGCUGGAGGUGCCUCCUCCUGGAGGCCGUGCACCUUGGCCAGAGGAGCACACUUCUUGCAGCACUCCCUCGUUUUCUUCGCCCUGCUAAACCCUAGGUGUGAUCUCAGCCUGGGGCUGCAGAGAGGAAAGGCCAAGCCACAGCACCACCCACUGAGGGCAGGUUUCCCUCCAGCGUGUUAAUCACCCUAAGUGCCAAAGCCAAACAGCUGCUAAGCCAGUCUCACCCCUGGGAGAAAAAGCCAAAGCUCCAGUGAGGAAAUCCACUGUGAUUCGCCUCCCGAUUACCAGCUAGGCCUGAAAAGCCUUCACGGAUCUGGGGCUAACAUUGCAGCUGGGUACAACAUGAGGCUCUUCCUCCCCGGCCAUCACCUCCACCCAUUUGUUAACACUCACAGCAGGGCAAGAACAUGAAAUUCACUCUCCUGCCAAAAUCCAUCCACCCGCUGUCUCCCCCACCCCAAACACUUCACAGGAGCAGCUGACGAUCAUAUUGACAAAUGGGUGUAAAAUGAAACACUGUGCCAGUGUCUUGCUGAGCUCAAGCCAUUAAACAUGACCUAUUGUCAUAGAAAAUGGCUGCUUGUUUCCUUUGGGGCAGAGGGGGGGUUCCCCAGGGGCUCAGCAGCUGGGACCUACCUGUCCCUUAGGGGGAUGAAGACUUAAUGGCAGCACUCUUUAGUGGGUGGGAGGCUAGUCGCCCAGCUGUCAGUAAGUGGGUAACACUGAUGGGCCAGGCCCCGUGGAAUCAUUCCUUAUUUUCAAUGAGAGAUGAAACAAAGGAGGCAGUGAUCGCCUGCACACAUCUUUAACCCUGGGACUAGGUGUAGGACUCGAUUUUGAGCUGGAUGA